AAUAGCAACCUACUGUAGUCACAACCAGAGCUACAUGGCUCUGGACACAACCACAAAUGCUAUAGUCAAUAUGACAGAAGGAGACGCGCGGUGUGUGCCAUGACAGAAAACACGUGUAGUUUUAAUGAGGAUCAAGAACGGCAUUCUACAAUGUCUUUGAUUGAGUGCGGAGAUGCAUAUUGUGACGGUAACAUUGAUCAACAUGGUCCAGACCAUAGUGACUUUGGAGCAUGGUUCGAUUGCUACAACGACUUUUCCACCACAGACAGACAGUUCCUGAAAAUAAGCAUAGAUCAAAGAAAAGAUGGAGCUGGAACGCGAAGAACUGUAAACUACUGUAACAUCCCAGCGGUGUUUAUUGAUCGAUCCAAAUUGGGCAGGGCUCGCUGCAUAAAGCUUUGCCAGAGUCAGGGCCAAGAAGUGGAUCGCCAUCCUGACUGUGAUUUGACAAGUAGACCUAGUACUGGACAAAAAUGUCAUCAUGAGAGUGCGACUGGAGACAACAAGGAGAAAGUGAUUCCUGAAAACAAGAUGAAAUGGUCUAGUGAUAAAAACCCAAAGAAACCUUGUUCUGUUGAAGAUCUUGAGGGACCAAUAUGCAUUAGGCCUGCAUGCUGUGUUAAGUCAUAUCAAAAUUCAGGAGACGUCUCACCUACACCAGACCCAUCCCAUCAAACCUCCAGGAUGAAAAAGCACAGCUUGUUUCGGUCACCGGCCAAUGUUAACUUAGUGUCUUGGAAUCAAGCAUUCAGACACAGGGGAGUGAAAAAAAAGGUGACCAGUGAUGUCAUGAAGGACAUCUCCCUGUCGACGCACAAAAACAAUAUUGUGUGGUGCAGAAAGUGGCCAGAUCCUCCCAGUGGCCAGUGCAGAAACAAGCUCAAGAGUCCUGGAGGCUCUGGGAGAGAGGGAAAGGACAUGAACAAGGCCAUGCCUGUGUUCACAGAAACAGGAAGAGGCUCAGGAUGCCAGAGAGUGGAGCAACUGCACAGGGCUGUUGUGUCCCCCUUCACCAAGAGGUUCCAGACCCCAAUAUUCUGGCAUGGUCACCUGCGAUCCCGGCCUCCGAAGUUCAGUGACAGAUACACCACACUCCCACGAUCCGCCCCACCUCAGACACUGCUAAUUGAGUCAAGCAGGAGGAUGUACUUUAACAAAGCCAUUGACAAACCUUGGAUGUAAUAUAAAGAUAUUUGUGAUAGCGAUUAUAUAAUUCA